GGGGGCUGCUUUUUUCAGGGGGUGGGGAAGGGAGGUUAGACACGAAGAAAACAAAGCUGGUCGUGGCUUGUGGUUGGUUUAAAAAAAUGAAUAAAUUGAGACCCGGCAUGGCGCGGAAGUAGUACAACGAUGCGUGGUAACGGCGAGAGAUCGAAAGAGACAACACAUCGGAACGUGUUUUUGGCGUCAUCGGUUCGUGAGUACAUCUCAGUAGCUUUGUGAGGGGGGGGGGAGACACUUAUGUAUUCAAUUAUACCAUGUGAUUUUGGAUGUUUCCUUUACAGAGCUUUCAAAUCGUGAUCAAGUUGAACUGUAAAAAAAAAAAAUUAUUUGAUUAAUCUGAAGGUUUAACUUUUCAUUCAAGCUCCCAAAGAGAAUGAGGAACUGGGUCGAAAAACAUCAAGAUUUUGUUGAAUGUAUUAAUCACAAAACAAAAUUUGUUUCAUAAUUAGGGCCGACAUAUUAAUUGACUAUUUUAAAUAUAUUUUGCCCCAAAAAGAUGAAAUAAUUUAAGUUAGGGCCUAUUAUAAAAAUUAAAGGAACAUAUAUUAAUUUUAAAUUCCUUGAAGAGCAUUGUCUGGAAUUUCAUUGAUUUGAAUUUCAUUGACUUGAAUAUAAUGACUUAAAUAACAAUGACUGCAUAAGCACUAUCUGAAAUAGCACAGGAUUGAAUAUCAUUGUCUGAAAUAGCAUUGAAUUGAAUAGCUUUGACUUGAAUAGAAUUGACUCGAAUAGCAUUGAACAGAAUAGCAUUGAUUUGAAUUGAAUUAACUCGAAUAGCAUUGAAUAGAAUAGCAUUGACUGUUGGAGCAGUGACCUCAAUAGCAUUGACUGUAAGAGCAUGGCAUUGAAUAGCAAUGACUGGAAUAGCGUUGACAGGAAUAUCAUUUGCGUGAAUACAAUAGACCUGCAUUGCUGAGACUUGCAUUUUAACCUUUUUAAUAACUUAUAAGUUACUAGAUGUUCAAAUUUCAUGUAUCUAAUUCUUCUCUCAAUCAUGGCCGUCAGAAAGUGAAUAUUCAACGUCUUGCCUUGGAACCUAACGGUUAUAGUUUGACAGCUGCUUGAAGUCUAGGUGAACCUAUCUUUCAUGUUUGACAGCUGUUUGAUGGGUAUGGGAGCCUAAUUGUCAUAGUUUAGCAGCCCCAACCAGAUCUAAGGCUUGAGUCGAUGUUUUCCUACAUAGCAGCAAGGUUAUGGAGAAAAGUGAUCUUUUCUUCCCCAGAUUGACUAAUAAAAAGGCAACGAAGCAAGAAAGCAAGCAAGUAAAGACGCAGGACAGCUCGGAAUCAAGAUAGUGAUAGUGAAGGGGAUAACCACGAAGCCAAGAGAGGACGCAAACAAGGACACAAGUAAAGUAGGAAAGAUAGAAAGAAAGAUAGAUGGGCAAGUCAGUAGGUAAGCAUUAGCGUAACACUGUUAUUCUAUUGUAUGUUAAAACUCUUGACAAUUCGGAAUUGAUGUAGCCAGUUGUCAUUGAGACACACACAGAUACUUCUGUUUUAGAUCAGUUUGGCAUUGAUGUAACCAGUUGUUACUAGGAUACGCAAAUCCAUUGCCAUUUUCCAUCGUUUAUUUACGAAACAAAACUCGGGGUAAACUAGUGGUAUAUUUAAAAGAUACUGUUCUCGUUUAGAGGCAAAUGAAAAAGAAUAGAAAAUGAAACUUGAAAUAGGACUGAUUAACGUACCCUUUUACUCUGCAUGUGGAUUCUGAAGAGAAAAACCCCCACCAAGUUUAAACAUAUGCUUAUUCUUUAAAAAAAUAAAUUGUCAAUGAUAUUCCUUUUUAUAGAAUUUAUAUAUAUAUAUAUAUAUAUAUAUAUAUAUAUAUAUAUAUAUAUAUAUAUAUAUAUAUAUAUGUGUAUAUAUAUAUAUAUAUAUGUGUGUGUGUGUGUAUGUGUAUUUAUAUAUAUAUAUAUAUAUAUAUAUAUAUAUUAAAAUGUCUUUCAGGAUUCCUCUUGAGCUUGGCGUUUUAUGCAGGUACGUACGAACAAUUAACGCGCUUAAAAAAAAGUCUCGCGACUUUAAUUACUUUAUUGACACAUUUUCAUAGACCUUAUGCAAUUCAAAUAGUUUCAUGGUAAAAGGCCGUACGGCACAUGUACAUGUGAUUGCUGGAUCUGGAUGAAUCUAUCAAUACUAUCAAUAGAUUUAUUUUAUCUAUACAUCUUACAGGUGUUGCAGCUGCUAAGGGCGCUAAUGGUGCGAACGAAACCUCAACUGCAACAUCCUCAACAGCUGAUCAAAGUGCGUCCAAUGAAACUGAUCAGCUUUUGUCAGAUUCAUCAGAAUCAAUACAAGAUUAUGAAGCUGUGUCAAACGCAUCAGCAUCAGUCUCAGCAACGUCGACCCCAAUAGAAAAAACUCAUUUGGCUACAACAGACUCCAGCGGUAAGUAAAGAGAGUAUCUAUGAAAGUAUACACUUCGUUUUCAGCACUACUAAAUGUCUGACUGGUUAUCGUCAUGAUGUUUUAGGAGGCGACACUGUCAACGACGGGUGGUAACAUUAACGUUUCACUUGUGUGGACAAUGCGUCGUAAACCUUUUUUUUAAAUAGCACAAAUUCUUUGCUCUCAUGUUAACAAAAUUGACUUGAUUGUUUUAUAAUGUUGUGUUCUGCCUUCAAAGUAGCUGAAGGACUCUGACAGGCAACUGGAAAAUAUGUUUUAUGUUUUUGUAUAUUAUCUUUCGUCCUUCACGUAGAUGGCCAAGGCAAUAUUCGAAUUGAGCUAUGACCAUGACAUCAGAAGAAGCUUUGAUUUGAUUUGUAGCCUUGACUUGAGUUGUAGCCAUGUCUUGAAUAUAGGCCUUGCCUUGAGGUGCAGGCCUUGACGUGUGUAGGAGCCUUGACUUGAGUUUAGCCUUACUUGAGAAAUAGCCUUGACUUGAGUAGUAGCCUUAACUUGAGUGGUAGUCUUGACUUGAGUAGUUGUCUUGACUUGAGUAGUAGCCUUCAUUUUAGUGGUAGUCUUAACUUGAAUGGUAGUCUUGACCUGAGUAGUAGCCUUCAUUUGAGUAGUAGCCAUGACUUGAGUGGUAGUCUUGACUUGAGUAGUUGUCUUGACCUGAGUAGUAGCCUUGACUUGAGUGGUAGUCGUGACUUGAGUAGUAGCCUUGACUUGAGUAGUAGCCUUGACUUGAGUAGUAGCCUUGACUUGAGUAGUAGCCUUGACUUGAGUUGCAGCCUUGACUUGACUAUUAGCCUUUACUUGAGUAGUAGCCUUGACUUGACGAGUAGCCUUUGCUUGAUUAGUAGCAUUGACUUGAGUUGUAGCCUUGACUGCAGGAGUAGCCUGGACUUGAGUAGUAGCCUGGACUUGAUGAGUAGCCUGUACUUGAGUAGUAACCUUAACAAGAGUGAAACACAAAAGACAAAUUGCUGGUCAUCUACUGCAUCCUGGUCUAUUUCUUGUCGUCUUGACUAAGUCUUGCCCCUGGAUCAAACUGGCAGGGACGAGAGUUGAGGCAUAUCUGUAUAUGAUAAAAUUAUUCAACAUUAUUCUGUGCUCCCAAUUUUAUGUGUGCCAGCCUCUGUUGUAUUUCCAUUUAUACGCGGCACUGUAUUAACAACGUAGAGAAAAAAAAACUCUGGUCUGCACUACGUUCAUUGUACAGCCGCUUCCGUUUUCUAAAGUUUGGCAGAUCUGCAAAUAUGUUUGGCAUCAGAUGUGCACAAUGCACUUUGAGCCACGAUCAGAAGCUCAUUAUAGGAUUAAUUAGCAUAUAUCUUUUCCCCAUUGCAGAAAAUGAGACCACCGUCCUAGGCAAUGUGACCACCGUCCCAAACGGAGAAGAUGGAUCAAAUGCAACCACAUCAGCUACACUGGAGCAGACAACAAGUAAGUCAUGGAUCUUGGAUGUAAUCUAAAGUACCUAACAGAGGGCUAGCAAUGGCUGUUGUCUUAAGGCUUUACAUAUUAAAAAGUAUGUAACAUCUCUGGUAUCAUCUCUGGUGUCAUCUCUGGGUUAAUGUUUAGUUUCAACACCUAUGGUCUCACCUAUCGUCAUAUCUCUGGUUUCAACUCUGGUAAUGGCUCUGAACUCAUAUUUGGUCUCACGUCUGGUCUCAACGCUGGGCUCAACUCUGGUCUCAUCUCGGUUCUAAUUUCUAGUUUCAACUUGGAUCUCAUCUCUGUUCUCACCUUUGGACAUGUCUCUGGUUUCAACUCUAGUUUCAAAUUUGGUCUCAUCUCUGGUCUCAUAUUUUGUCACCUAUGUGGUCGCAUGUCAGGUCUCAAGUCUUGUUUCAUCUCUGAUAUCAACUCUAGUUUCAACUCUAGUCUCAUCUCUGGUCUCUUAUCUAGUCAAAUAUCUGCUAUCAUGUCAGGUCUCACGUCUGGUUUCAACACUUGUCUCAACUCUAGUCUCAUCUCGUUUAUAAUUUCUAGUUUCAACUCAGAUCUCAUUUCGGGUCUCACCACUGGUCAUUUCUCUAGUCUCAUAUAUGGUCCCAUGUUUGAUCUCAUCUCUGGUAUCAACUCUAGUUUCAAUUCCAGUCUCAUCUUUGGUCUCAUAUCUAGUCCCAUAAGUGCUCGCAUCGUCUCUCGUCUGGUCUCAUCACUGGUCUCAACUCUAUUUUCAACUCUGGUCUCAUCCCUGGUCUCAAAACUAGUUUUAACGCUUGUCUCAUAAAUAUCUUGUCUCAUCUCUGAUCUCCAGUCAGGUAUUUGACUAACUCCGCAAAGAGACGACUUCAGCGGUAGCCUUUCGUCAGAUGAAAACACUCGAAAGCCCCAUAACUUAACUUUAUUUCUUUCUCCAUAAUAUGUACAUACCUUCGGAAUGGGAUUAGAAAAAAUCUUUCGCUUCUCUAUGUUCGACUCAAGCUAAAAAGUUUUUAAAACUCCAAUACUUCAUUUACUGUAUUAUUAACUGCUAGUUUAAAGUUUGAUUUCUCUAUAAAUGCCGUAGUCCACUUUCGCACAAAUGUAUUGAUGUUCAUUGUUUAUUUUCAAACGACAUUGGCGGAGAACCAGAUCAUACAUUUUUUAUUUUUUUUUGUUGCACAAUCUACUUUUAAAAGAGAACCACUUGAGUGAAGCUGCAGACACGGCUGUUGUACAAUGUACAUUUAAAGCUGAGCCACUUCAGCCAAGUUGCUGGCACGGCUGUUGACGAGGGAGAGAUCUUCACACAUAAAACGAGCAGACGAUAAAGACCUACCCUGUGACCUCCCAAAACUACCCUCUGAACUCCAAACACUCACUCUUCAAACUCUCUAUGCGACAAUCAUUUUACGACUCUCCCCCUCUUCGACCCUCUAUGAGAAUUGUAGUCAUGUAGGUUACAGUCAACUCUUGUUGAUUCCAGGGACGUUACGAUAACUCUUUACUUUAUGUUAUCUGUUAUUUGUGUUUAUGUGUGUGCGCCAAUCUCUGUUGUCUUUUCAUUUAUUUAUUUACGGCACUGCAAACUCUAGACUGCACUUCGUGCCUCAUACGUUGCUUCGCAGUCCUAAUCUUUAGAUGCUAUAUUGGUCGAUUUGGCAUCAGAUUCUCUAAGCGGCAGCCAGCAGCUUACAAUAGACGUUAUCAACAUGUAUAUUUACUCUUUCCCAGACAAUGGUACCACCGCCCAAGACGACGAAUCGGGAUCGAAUACAAUCACAGCUUCUACUGCACUGGAACAGACAACAAGUAAGUUAUGGUUCUUGAAUGUCAUUUGGAGUCACUAUAGGAUUGUUUGCUGGGGCCUUGUUGUAAUACAAUGUUGUAGUACGAUGUUGUAGUAUUAUGUUGCAGUACAAUGUUGUAGUACCAUGUUGUAGUACCAUGUUGCAGUACAAUGCUGUAGAAGCAAAUCGUAGCACCAUGUUGUUGUACCAUGUUGUAGUCCCAUGUUGUUGUACCAUGUUGUAGUUCAAUUUGUAAUACCCUGUUGUAGUACCAUGUGGUAGUUCCAUGUUGUAGCACCAUGCUGUAGUACCAAAUCGUAGUACCAUGUUGUUGUACCAUGUUGUAGUACCAUGUUGUAGGAUCAUGUUGUAGUACCAUGUUGUAGUACCAUGUUGUAGUACCAUGUUGUAGGAUCAUGUUGUAGUACCAUAUUGUAGUACCAUGUUGUAGUACCAAAGCGUAGUACCAUGUUGUAAGACUCCCCCAGAUCCCAACGUACAAUUCACUGGACGCCGUCCUAACUUUUGAUGAGAUACAGACAGCGAUCCGCCAAAUGUCCAAUGGCAAAGUACCUGGCCCGACAUGAUUCCUGCCGAAAUCUACAAGGAGGGUGGACAAGCGCUGACGGAUAAGCUAUUGCGCUUAUUCUAAAUCAUCUCGCAGACGGAAACUGUACCAAAAGACCUCAAGGAUGCCUCAAUUAUCCACCUGUACAAACACAAAGCAAACCGCCAGGCAUGCGACAAUCACCGCGGAAUUUAACUACUGUCCAUUGCAGGCAAGGUCUUUGCCCGAGCACUUCUGAACCGCAUGCAUGCACAUCUGGAGCUAGGUCCCCUACCCGAAAGUCAAUGCGGUUUCCGCAAAAAGCGCGGAAACAUCGAUAUGGUGUUUGCUGCUAGACAGCUUCAAGAGAAAUGCCAGGAACAAAAUUCAGACGUAUAUUCUACAUUUAUCGACUUGAAUAAGACCUUUGACAAUGUCAAUAGAGGUUGCUUGUGGGAAAUCAUGAAGAAAUACGGAUGCCUAGACAAGUUAACCAAAAUCAUCCGUCAGCUGCAUGAUGGUAUGAUGUCCCGAGUGCAGGACAACAGUCAAUCAUCUCAAGCAUUCCCCGUCACAAACGGUGUAAAGCAGGGUUGUGUUCUUCAGGAGAGGUAUCAGACGAGAAACAAAGCUCAAGGUCUAUAGCGCAGCAAUCCUCCCGACACUGCUCUAUGGAUGUGAUACGUGGACAGUCUAUCAGCGUCACGCCAAGAAACUGAAUCAUUUUCACACUACCUGCCUCAGGAAACUCCUUGACAUCAGGUGGCAAGACAAAGUCCCCGACACCAAGGUCCUCGCUAGAGCGAACCUACCUAGUAUCUUCACAACUUUGAUGCAGUCUCAGCUCCUUUGGAUGGGACACGUAGCCCGUAUGGAAGACCACCGGCUCCUGAAACAAUUAUUCUUCGGAGAACUAACGAUAGACAAGCGCUCCAAAAGAGGCCAAAAAAAGCGUUACAAAGACUCACUGAAAGUGGCACUAAAGGCCUUCAACAUAAACACUACUCAAUGGGUGCAGACAGCCAAGGACAGAGCCAGGUCGAGACCUGCUGUCAAGAAGGGGGCUAAAUCCCAUGAAGCUAAUAGAAUAACCACAGCUGAAACAUGCAGGCUUGUCCGAAAGAGCAACAUUAGGUCACCGUCUGAAGCAAAUAUUCCAUGCCCACAGUGUCAUAGAUUAUUCUGAGCAAGGAUCGGUCUAGCAAGUCACCUACGAAUUCACAGUAAUCCAAACCUUCCCCAUUACGGAUGAUUCGAUGGUCCUAGUCGACUUCGACGGACGAACAACAACUACAACCAUGUUGUUGUACCAUGUUGUAGUACCAUGUUGUUGUACCAUGUUGUAGUUCAAUGUUGUAUUACCAUGUUGUAGUACCAUGUCGUAGUACCAUGUUAUGGCACUAGGCCUUAAAUAUGCAGUGGACCAUUUUCAUGUUUUAUCAUUUAUUUCUUAAUUUAUUUGGAAAUCAUUUAACUUCGUUUUUUGGUCACAACUCGGGUUUCUGAUCGGGUGAAUAGCUCCAACUCCGCAAGGUUACGUCUUCAACGGGAGAACGUUUGGCAAUUGAAUAUGUAGAGACACUUACUACAUAACUUAAUUUCUUUGUCCAUAAAUAUGGCAUGGAGAACAGACGAUGACGUAGUUAGGUACACAUCAACGAAUGGUGCACUUAGUCAAUUCUGGAAUGGCAAUCUUGGCUGCAUUUCCCGCAAGAGAAUAGUGACUCCAGGUUAGAUUUGGGCUUCCGUUUUAUUCUUUUUGUUUCAAGGGCCUCAUUUCGCGCAUCUUCUGCCUUUUUGACUCCUUCACACACUGCUAUUCGCCAGCUGGAACUUUGUUCACCAAUGAUCUACCAUUCCUUCGAUUUCAAUGUUGGUUUCUCUUUUGCAAACGUCCAUAAAACUCAGGCAUGGCCGUCCAAUAAGUCUUGCCCCUUCUGCGGACUCUCCAUACAGCAGCUCCAUGGGAAUACAGCCUUCUUCCAUUCUCCUCACAAUGUCUAACCAGCGAAGGUGCCACUUCUGUAUAGUUCUACUCUGACGUGAAGUAUUUACACAACGAUAUAAAAUACUUAAUUCAUAGUAUUACCUACUGCUAGCUUUGAUUCAUUCGUCGAUGCUGUAAUCCACAUUUUUGCUAAUGUAUUCAUAUUGAGUGUUUAUUUUCCAACAGACCAAGGAACCGUGCUGUGUGUCUACGGUCCAGUUAUUCUGGUGACCGCCGUCCGGAAGCUUCUCUGAGCGACUUGAGCAGCCAGCGGAUCUGAAAGGGUGUCACUUUGAACAAGCAGAGAUUGUGUGCGACGUUCAGGAGAUCUGUAGCGAGGAAAGCUCCCUGCCAACAGAUUUAUGAUUGACGUGACCUGUCUGGGCAGAUAUGCUGGGGAUUUUUUUAUUUUCAUUUAUAGAAUUUCCGUAAUGAAUAUAACAAGCGACCUUAACGUAACAUUUUUUAGGGGAACGGGGGGGGGGGACGUUACAUGUGUUGUAAGGACACUUUAAAUGCUUUUUGGAAAAAAUUGUUUCAUAAUGUUUGGUUUUUCGAUUAAAUCCCGUGUAUGCAUUGCUGAUGGUUGAACAUUUUGAAAAUUUAUUAUCGUUUUAGGAAUGAUACUCAAACCAAUUUCAUUGCUGUAAUCUUUAGGUUAUUUGAAAUGUGCCUUACAAAUGCAAAUAAUUUGGAUGAAUAACAUAAAUUAUGUAAGCCGAUUAGAUUCAACUUUUGCAUUAAUCUGAGGUUAGCCACACCAGAGUUUUCUCGUCCCCGUCCGCCACACUUGCCCCACCUUCAUGUCAGCCUGGACAGUCUAUUGACCACACAGUUAAUGCUUGUUGCUGAGAUGACAAAAAUAUUGAAAAUAAGUCAAAGACAACGAAAUUACGCUUAGUUACGACUUUCAGAUUCCGUCUGUUUCGACUGUGUAGAUGCAGCAUAUUUAAAACUUAUAUUUAUUGAGCACACUUUUGCAUUCAUGCUGCCAUAUUUUGUUGAUAAAGCAUAUAAUUAUACGUUUUAAAACUUUGGUUGUAAAAUCCUCUGUAGCUAACAACUUGAAAAAUGUGUUAUUCCAUAUAGUUACCAACAUGAACAAUUUGUUAUCCUUUGUAGUUAAAACUUGUUCAAGUUGUCAUGACUCCUAAAUGGUAAACUUUUCUAUUUAAAAUGUAAACAAUUUUUACAAGUAUAUUUCCUUAGCCGCUUCUGUGUGUGUGUCUUCUUACUAGCUACCCCAUUAUUUGUACCUAUACUUACAUUCGCAAAAAAAUGGUUGUGAUGGAAACUAAGGGAGUGUGACACGAUUUGCUUAUUUUGGUGCCUACCAACAACAUUUGAUGAUUAUUGGUUAUAACUUACGUCACCACUUAACGGUGACUCGCGGCUAUUAACAUCACCCCUUAAUGGUGAAUAUCGGUACUUUCAAACACCACGACUCGAAGCCGGGAGUCGAAGCAUUUGGUUUGAAGCGGAAAAAAGACAACUCCGGAACAGUGAACUCUGUGGUUUUGAAAACAAAAUUUGACUCUCUACUUCGAUCUCUCCCCUCUUUGAGUCCUUGUAAUUUGGGCCAAAACAGUGGAGGGUGAGUGGGUGGAAUGAAACAUGUCACCAGAUCCACAGUCGUAUCUCCUCCCUUACAUGAAACUGUAUGCGGUAACCCACAUUGCCAAAGUAUUUUAUAAGUAUUAGAAGCUUAAUUCUCAAUAAUUAUUUUAUCAUUGAUAAAAUGUGACAUUUCAUUUUUUUUAAAAUUAUAUUUUCUUAUUACAUGAUUGCAUUUCCUAUCAUGUGUGAUUUAAGUCAACGAUAAGGUGGCAGUUAUUCGCCCUUGAAUAACAAAAGUGAUCUGUGAUAAAAGGGAAAUUGUAUUUGAAAAUUUUUUUAAAUAACUGUUAUAUAAUUUUUUCUUUUACUUUACAAAAAGAGCAAAUGUACCUAAAAGUAUUUGUUUCUGUAAGAAGUGGCUUCUGGGUGGAAUAUUUCAGAGAAAAUAAAAUAAUGCUUACAC